AUGGGAGACAGCGGCAUGGAUCCAGUAUCAUCAGAGCAGGAUACUUCUAAGAGCCCUAAGGAGGAGUUGCAAUGUACAAUUUGCCUAUCUACACAGUUUGCUCAAGAAUGUCGUAUAGGAGGCUGCAAUCAUUCUUUCUGUUUUUCGUGUAUCUCAGAAUGGGUUUGCCAAUCUCUUCGGCCUUCAUGUCCAAUGUGCCGUCACGAUGUCGACAAAAUUUGUUAUGAUUUUGCAGGACAUCCGAAGGAACAGAAAGAAAUUGGAAUAAAAGAGUAUCGAAGUAGUCACAUGUCACUAACACCAACCGAUCGCAAUCAACUACUCAGUGAAAGACGUUUAGUGGUCAGAAAUUUGAUGCACUCUUAUAAAACAGUUAGCCUCAUCAAUUCCGAUAUAUCAGAUCUUGACGAAUCGAAAGAAGAAGACAAAAUUUCGAAGAAGUCUCUUCUGGAGUUUGAGAAUAUGGUAAUGCAACAUAUCAUGAAAGCGGAGAUUACACUUGCUGAUUUACGGAAAGAGUUUACGAGGAAAAACAAAUCUGUGGUAUUCAAUACUGUUAUAUUCCGGAAAAUGAUAUAUACAAACAAAAUAAAGGUCAAGUAUCAAGAUCAAAGAAGACCAAAACUUCAACCGUAUGAUCUUUCAAAAGAACCGGAACGUUUCAGAGGAAUUGUUACUGAAUUCCUGCUUUCUGAGUUUGAUGUUAUUCCAUACCAAGCACAACCAAAAGUUUGUGGGCACAAAUGGAGAACAAAAUUUUUUGGUGAAAAUCUGGAUUUGGAAAAAAAACAAAGUUUCGUCACUGAUAUAUAUAACUUAAUGCUGGUCAGCCCUGUGGGUAACGAAUAUUUCCAGAAGCAACUCGGUAACAUUCUAAUGCCUGUGAGCGCAGUCCAUGUUCAGUUCCUAGAGGACCAUUUGGAAGCAAUCGUUGCCAUUGAGAAAACCAGUUUAGAAGAAUUCUACAACGAAGUAUACUAUGACUCGAUAUAUAACAGCUUCUCAAAUAAUUUCUUUGAUUACAACGCAAUGAUGCAUAUGCAUGAUGAUCCACAAAGUCGUUUUGAGGCUAUCUUCAGUCAAAUUCAUCGUGAUAUGAAUCCAGCUGAUUGGUUAGAUCCCUACUCGACCCGCCUUCUUCGACAAUCAUCGAAUACGGAUGGAACUGAUCGUGCCACUAACAAUGAUGGCGACAGCAGUCGUUCAGAAUCUCCAGAAGAACGGGUACCAACUCCAAUGCCUGAUGACGAAGUCCGUGAUCAUACUUUUGCUCGAGCGUACUUUGAACAAAUUCUUGAAAUACCAACUCGAUCUGGUUUCACUAUAGGUACCGAAGCUAGAAGGGAGCUUGAAAGAGAUCGAGAGCGAUUAAGAACAAGGAAUGUUGCAGUCCCGCUUGCCGAAGCAUCAACUGAUGGGCAGACAACCAGAACUCUACCAAUCACACAUCAACAUCGAAGCCAUAUGACCUUGAGAUCAUCAGCACGUCGAGAUCGAGAAAUUGCUAGGAACUCUACAUCGGAUGUGAUUGCUCAGUUAGAGAAUCGUCCAAUGACACGAAGAGAUCAUGAACGAGCAUUACUGGACAGAGUCAGAGACUUGGAAAGUCGCUCGUUAGGAAUAUCGAGCCUGUUCCGCUCCACGCCAGGAAAUGGAGAAACUACGAGUUCGCGGUUCACUCCGCUGCCGAUCCCGGGAAGAAUUGCAUAUACCGCGACCAUACUUGGUCCUUCACAUACCCUCGUCUAUAAUCCAAGACCCCGAGAAAAUCCAAGACCCCGGGAAAACGAAGAUAGCGAUAACCGUUCGGAAAGAAGACGACGGCUAGCCGCAUUCGUUCCAAGCCAUCAGAUCCCAGCACUCGAGGAGCUUAUUGCAAGAGGGCCCCGUCCUGUUGGACAGCGGCCAGCAAGUAGUGAUGCUGACCCUUCAACUUCCGCCGGAGCUUCUUCGAGAAAUACAGAGAAUUCACUGACAGUUGAGCAGAUUGCUGCUGCGAUCAACCAAGAAGAUGCUGACAAUGGACUAGAUUUUAUAUCUGUUGCUCAUCGCACCAGAGCAGCCAGAAGAGCUGCCAGAAACGGUCAACCUCCAGAUGCUCCCCCUGCGAAGAGAGCAACACGACGCGAUAGACACUAG